GCCGCAGCUGUGAUGGAUUGAGCGCUCUGCAGCCGGGACCGGCCCUCCGGAGCGCUCUGGUGUGAUGAGUUUGGGUGAUCCCACCCCGAGCCCCUGGGAGGAGUUAUCAGCGAUAAUUCCCGCUGUAUAGGUGUGAAACGGGCUGGCUUUGAAAGGUGCCAAGCGCUGCUUUUUACACCUUCACCAGAGCUGAGCGGGCACCGGGUGAUGCUGAGCUGGGCCGAGGUGAGCUCUCCUGGAGCCCGAUGAAGCCGCUCGGAGGGAGCUCGGCGGGACAGGGGGAGGAGGAGGAGGGACAGGGACCGGCCCCGGGGCGGCGGCGGCGGCAGCGGCACCGGGCGAGCGGCCGGCCCAGCCCCUCGCCGCGGAGGGAGCAGCAGGCUGAGCUCCCCGGGCUCCCCCCGUCUCCGGAUGAAGGCAGGAUGAGCAGUGCCCAGGGACAGCCAGGUGGGGAUUUGGAUUUGGAUUUGGCCAGGAGUGAGCAGAGCGUGGAGCAAACCAGCCAGGAGCCGGGCAGGGCCGGGCAGGAGCAGCCUGUGCACCCUGGGGACAGUGACAGCACUAAAGGAGGUGAGGAUGCAGAAACCCUGGAGGAGCCGCUGCUGAGCCUCCCCAGUGAGCUCUCAGUGCUGGACAGGCUUGGCUUGCACAGGGUGGCUCUGACCGAGCAGGAUCUGGAGGCAGCCUUUGCCCACCUGGCCCUGGCUUUUCGCUGCGACGUGUUCACCCUGCAGCAGCGGGUGCAGGUGGAGAGACGGGCACGGGAUGCAGCGGAGGAAAACAUCCAGGAGGAGCUGGGGCAGUGCCGGGCUGCCCUGGAGAGGCUGGGCCGAUCCUGUGCCAGUGCAGGCUGCAAGGAGACGCUGGAGCAGCUGCAGCACAACCUGGCCGUGCUGGCAGCAGCUGUGGAGAGGGCAACCAGUGCUGCAGAGAAGCUGGGGGCUGUGCACCAGGAGGCCAGGAUGAGCCGGGCAGCAGAGGUGAUGGUGCAGCACGUGGAGAACCUGAAGCGGCACCACCAGCGGGAGCACGCGGAGCUGGAGGAGAUGAAGCGCCUGAUCCAGCAGAACUCCCGCAACCGGCAGCUGGCAGAGAGCCAGGAUGAUGUGGAGCCACGGCUGAGACCUCACCCCCUGAAGAGAACUUUCCAGCAGGGGUCUGCCCGCCGCAGGGUCAGCAUCGCCGUCAUCCCCAAGCAGCUCCUGGUGCCAGCCCUGAGAGCCGAGCAGCCCCAGCAGGUGACCUGGAGCCAGAGGGUGCCCAGCGCUGGCCCAGCACCCCCAGGAGUGAGCUGGAGCCACAGGGCCAGCACAGCGCCGUGACUGGGAAGCAGGUGGCAGAGGCAGAGGGCAGAGGAUCCAGCACAGGGAACGAGGAGCCAGAGCAGCUUGGGCUGACGUCCAAGGGCUCUGCAGAGGAGCUGUGGCGUCCAUGGCUCUUCCUCCCACAGCACUACUGGGUUUUCUUCUGGCUGCUUCUGCUGAGCAUCGCCUUCCUCCUCCUCGUCCGCAUCCUGGAGCUGCAGAGGCUGCAGCCUG